AUGUGUGACAUUUGGCUGCCAUUUUGGUUUUCAUCACCUGUACCGUGCUCUCUCACUCAGGUCCUACAAGCUCUGUGCUCACUCUGUUUGGGACGUCAAGGUGGUGCAGUCCGACUGAACCAAGAUUUAAUCUACAGUACUCUGUUACCCCAAAGAGAUUUGCUGCUACAGACAAAGCUGGUUGAUCAGUGCGGUUCAAUGCGCCCUAAUAUUUUUGUGGGUAUAAAAGAAGGUGGUUCCAUGUAUCCUAAAUGGUACUUUGAAGUGAUCAUUGAUGCAUUGGAGACAGUUACGCACCAACCUGCUCAAAUUCGCAUCGGCUGGGGAAACACAGAGGGUUACGAUGCUCAACCCGGUGGUGGAGCCGGUUGGGGUGCGGCAAGUCUUGGAGACGAUCUGUUCAGUUACGCCUUCGACGGACGUUACUUAUGGGCCGGCGGUAAGCCUAAACAAGCCAGUAUUGGAACGGACGACUCCGUCCCAGAAGAACCAGCAAAUGGAUUACCCCUGAGAAGCGGUGACAUUAUCGGAUGCCUGUUGGAUUUAACCGGACCAGUCAUUCAGUUUAAUGUUAACGGCCGAUUAGUACGAGGUUACUUCCAGGAUUUCAACACCACCGGUCUCUUCUAUCCGUGCAUCAGUAUGAAUGCGAAAGCCAGCGCCCGUUUCCUGUUAGGUGCAAAUCAAGGUCGUUUGAGACACGGGCCGCCACCUGGUUAUGCACCAAUCUGCGAUGCCCGGCAACCAGGUCAACGUUUGCGUCUCGAACCGGUAUUUAGUUUCGGUCAGUUGGAAAAAUCCGUAUUCACCGGACCAUUAGCAUCUCCUACUCCACAGCAAUCGGUCUUUGUUCCGCAAACCGUGAGAACAUCACAUAUCCAGUUGCCAAACAAUGUGGAGAUCGUGCGGGACCGCUUGGCGGAAAAUUUGCAUGAAAUGUGGUCCAUGAGAAAAAUUGAUCAAGGCUGGAAAUACGGCGAGAGGCGUGAUGAUCAAAAUGGUUUGCAUCCAUGUCUGACCACUUUCGGCAAAUUGCCCACUCCGGAUCGGCAAUACAAUGUGACGCUGGCCUAUGAAACAUUGCGCACAAUAGUGGGUCUAGGCUACAACAUCACCUACGAGCCUUUGCCUGAAGGUACUCGAAUGAAAACAAUCAAACUUCCAAAUAGCUUCACGCAAGUAAACGGAUACAAGCCGCAACCAUUGGACUUGUCCCAGAUUCGGCUAUCAUCUCGAUUGGAAUCUCUUGUGGAUCAACUGGCGGAAAAUACCCAUAACAUGUGGGCUCGUGAUCGUAUCAGUCUGGGAUGGACUUACGGAUUUAUGGAGGACCAAGCGCAAAAGCGGAGCCCUCAUUUAGUGCCCUUCCGUGAGGUGGAUCCGGUGAUCAAACGCUCAAAUCGUGAAACUGCGAUUGAGACAGUAAAGACACUCUUAGCUUAUGGCUAUUCCGUGGAACUGGGGAGUACAGACUCGUCUGAUGCAACCCGAGGUAGCACCGGUGACUACACUGGGCCGACAAGAACAUACCGUGGCCAGGCUACACGUGCUGUUACACGCGGCAAGUGGUAUUACGAGGUUGAAAUUCUGACGUCAGGCUUUGUGCGCGUUGGGUGGGCAAGGAAGUCUGCGCCUCCAGAUGCCAUUAUAGGUUCAACCAGUGGCUCGUAUGCGUUUGCUGCGCACCAGGCUCGUAAAUGGCACCGAGUGGGGACAACAUACGGGAGUGUUUGUCGACCGGGAGAUGUAAUCGGUUGUAUGCUGGAUCUGGUUGAUAAUACAAUAACUUUUUCACUCAAUGGAGAGCUGAUGAUGGAUCCCUUGGGUUUGGAAACGGCAUUUAAGCAUAUUAAAGUUGAUGAAGGUUACGUUCCUUCUUACACACUUGGUUCGGGACAGCAAGUUAAAGUAAACUUUGGAAAUGAUGUACAAACACUUAAGUUCUUCACCUACUGUGGAUUGCAGGAAGGCUAUAAACCAAUCUGCGUCACACCGUGCUUCAAAGUGAUCGGUAAGCAGGCCGAUCAUACUGCCUCAGAAGAAACACAUUUCUUACGCCUCAGUCUAGCCACACGAUGCAAGGAGCAGUUCACAACAAAAACACUGAAAGAACGUCACACCUAUUUAGACUCGUUGCGCCGACACGUAGAACCGGAAUUAGCUUCAGUCACUCCACAUUCUGUGCCCGGUGAUUCCACGAACUUAAAUCUUAUGGGACAUGAUAUGACUUCAUCAAAUUUGGAAAUUCGUGACCGCAGAGUUAAAAAAACCCGAUUGGGCAAUAUGUUCAAGAAAGGGAAAUCACGUGAUGCCAGUCCCGAUAUUGGUUCUACCUUGGGUGGUGGAGCGGGAGGGUCUAUGGCCAGUGGCGGAGGAAGCAGUCUUGCGGGUAGUAAACGAAGCGGUACACAUAACCAGAACUUGACAUCUGCCGGUCAGACAGGUCAAGGCAGUGCUGGUUCGGGAAGCUUGAUCUCGGGUACUGCUGGUGCUUUUUCGGGUGCACAAGGCAGUUUAUUGAGUGGUGGCACCGCGGGAAUACAAUCAAAUGUCCUUGCGCCAGAUACGUUGGGACUCGCUACUCCGUCCGUGCCCGCAGGUACCGCAAUUUUAUCACCUGGUCAACUUGGCACGCCUAUGUCCCCAGUUUCACCCACGGGGACCCAUGGAGCAUUCGCGCAAGAUGAUUUGGAGGGACUAGUGCCCGAUGCAUCAGGUCACAUGAUACCAAUUGCAAAUCUAGUCGAUGAGUUCUCUUUCACUGUGCUAGUUCUACCGGGUCAAGAUCCAGGACUUGUUCAUAUCGGAUGGGUGACCAACUAUUUCAAGUUGGCUAAACCUGCCGGCCCAGACAGCUCGUCUCUGUCUCUCAUUCAAAAUUUCCAACAACCCACAUUUGAUGCUGUGACAGGUCAGCCAUAUAAUCCUACCAUGGGUAACCAACUACAAGGGAUCAACUGUGUCGAACUGUUCACUGUACGCCAAGUUGCCGUGUGCCUUUUGGAGUCUGAUUUGACACUAAAGUCCGCCGUAGCCGAACGCGCCUCGUUUAUGGUGAACCUUGGUCAGUUGCUAAAUCAGAUGGCUACCCCAGAGGAUCUUGGUAGACGUAUGAGUCAGGGAUUGUCACUUACGUGUUGGGUAGAUGUAGCUACUGGCACUUUGGGGUUCGACUUGAAUGGCCGAGAUACAGGAAUACGUUUUCAGGUUGAACCUUCAACAAAGCUGUUCGGUGCCGUAUUUUACCGUCCAACUGUACGGGAGGCUAUCAACUUCGAAUUUAGCAGGCGAAAUCGUUAUACCCUACCAAUUACCGCUAGCAUGCUAAGACCACCAAGGCAACCAAACAGCAUGCCACCGCAUAGACUCAAAGUGCAGUCACUCCAGCGUUGGCACUGGGCUCGUGUCCCUCCAAGAACGGUGAAGCAGUAUAGUAUGAAAAUAAGUGAGCAACGUGGGUGGAGUACCAUUCUGGAAGAUCCUGUCUCCGAGUUAGCUGUGCAGUUACCCGAGUCUGGACGAUGUGUGACCGCACUGGAACUGGACGAAAUGCCACAUUUACUCAAGUUUCACUCGCACACCUUGGAAUUGUAUCAGGCCUUGUGCUGUCACGCCAACCACAAUGUUGCUCAAAGCCUUACACAUCACGUUGACGCUCAUCAACUGUUGCAUGUAAUAACGGCCGCUGAUAUUCCUGGCCCACUACGCUCUGGAUUUGUUGAGCUCAUGCUCACUAUGCAUGUGAGCAGCCAUGUAAAGUUAAAGCAGGUGACCGGGCGUGAGUUUAUAGUGCCCCUAAAUGUACUAGGCGCCAGCAAGAUAGAGUCUCUUGAUUACGGUCUCUCGGAUGAACUUGUUGACGAAGAGGGGGACGAAGCUCACUGCGAUCUAGACCGAAUUCCAGCAGUUACAGAACAUGUAAGCAUUCGUCCAGCUUUGAAGACAGAUCCACAUCUGCUGAUUCCUGGAGCUGAUGGUACUGGAAACAUCCCUUUACCCACAUCACAAGAAAUGGGUAAAGAAGACACUGCACUUUCUGCCGCCAUGUCUGCUGCUGGUCCGGGAGGUUUACUGAAAUUGGCUGAUUGCCCGGAUUUCCCGAUUACUCAGCUACGAGAUUUGUGUCUGAACUGUCUGGUGGACUGUGUCAAUAAAGGUGGGAAUAUUCGUGAUCCAGCUGGGGGCAAUUUUGAGCAUCUUCUAUUGCCCUUGUUGCGAACUGUGAACAGCCUGUUGGUCAUGGGAACAUUGGAUUCUACACAUUUAAACACAUUACUGGCUAUCUUGGAACCACAGGCGGUUAAGGACACGCGAAAUCUGAGUGCAUCUAUCAGUGGAAGUUUGUUGGACUUUCCAUUACCCGAGAGUGUGAAACUGGAGAUCUGCCGCCUAUUGCACAGUCUUUGUGACUUACAAUUACGUCACCGUGUGGAGCAAGUAGUAAAGUUCGCCAGCUCGUUUGUCAAGAGCUUGCAGUCGGAUCAGUAUUCGCGAUACAUGGCAAUCAAACUGUCGAAUCUUCCUUCGUCUGUGGCCGCUAGACGUACACGAGAGUUCCGUUGCCCAGCCGCAACCCAAAUGGCUAGUUUGCUCCGAAUGCCCGGUCCAGGCGGUCCGACUGGUCGUUUAGAAGAGAGACCAAAUGCUCCUCCAUCUGAACAAGCUAUUUCAAGCGAUUUGAUGGCCGAUGAAGAGGAGAUGGAAGGUGAAGAGACUAAUCGUUGUGCAGAGGAAGUAAAGGAUCUUCUGCGAAGAUUUCACAAACACCUAACCGAUAAACUGGGAGUAAUGCGACCAGAAGCGGAAGAAUCUGGUUCAGGUGAUCAACUGGGCUCUGUCUCAAUGACCGAUAGUGGCUAUAGCGAAUCCGGCCGCUUCACAUGCACGUUAACUCGUGCACCGGACAACCUCAGUUUGGUCUCCUUUGCUCAAGUUUAUCCGCCGGAUGAUUUACAAACCGCCUUAUCUCGAUUGCCCCAAGUCCCACCGGGGAUGGGAAACCCAGAGGAAGGGUCUGGUAUCCCGCCAUGGAUACUGAAAUCGCUGUGGACAUUAAUUACCAAGAAAGGAAACAGCGAGCCGACUCCGGAAGAGCAUGAAAUGUUACGUCGUCUGAUCGAAGAGGAAAAAGCAAAACAAAACAGCAAAAGCACGCUAGGGGAUUUGAUCGUUCGUACCAUCAUGAAAUGGGCUCGAUCGGGAUACAUCGAAAACUUGGAACUGAUUCGAGAAAUGUUUUUUGCCCUUUAUCGUCAAUACAACGCAAUCGAAGAGGUAAGCUCAUAUCUAACCUGUUUACUACAUUCAUUUCGGUUAUUUUAUUAG